GCAGGUCUGUAGGUGCGUGGUACACGAGCCAACAGGUGCCGUCUUAUUUUGCUUCCGACUGAGAAAACUGUAGGCAGCGAAAACCAUGGACAGCGCUAUGACAGAGAACGAAUGUCCAGUGUGUAAAGACACUAUCAAGACUCCUUCAGAGCCAACUCCAUGCUGUAAAAAAGUGUUUUGUCAGACUUGUCUUACACAGUCAACUAGACUAAGACGUCACUGCCCCUACUGUAGGAGCCCAGUAGGCACUGGUGCCACUGGCGUUCUCCAGAGCCUGGUGCACAAGCCUGUUCUCCUGCUCCUACUGUACCUCAGAGAAGGCCAACUCCCAUACCACGAGGUCAACAUCUCCCAGAAUGUGGUGACACCUACUAACACACCACCUCCUCUUCCUGUUCCAGUGCAAAGGCUCUUGCCGCCGGCAGCAAACCGCACCCCUCUCAUUACACCUCAUGCAUCUGAUGAUGAAAUAGACUGGUCAAGUGAAAUUGCUCUCAUGGAAAAUGCCUCCAGACAACUUUCAGGCCCCCCCUCAGUGAGAACCUUUCACUGUCCAUACUGUCAGCAGGGUGGACUGGAUGACUUGGAUCUGCGAGAUCACUGCAGUGCCAACCAUCUCACAGAUGCCAGAUAUGUGGUGUGUCCCUGUGUGCGUCUGUCACUGCCUCAUGGUAACCAAGAGUACCACAGCAGGGACUUCAUUGGCCAUCUAACCUACGGCACUGGCUACUACAUUGAGGAUGUAACUAACAUCUACCAGAGUGAUGACAUUAACAUGCAGGCUGCAAUACUGAUGUCGCUGUCACAAGCCCAUUAGCAUGACCACUGGAGACCACUCCUGAUCCUUUACAGACAAUUCAUCAGUUCUCUAAAGUUGCAUAAGAUACAUAAAGAAGACUUACAUUAAUGAAAACUUAUAU